CUUUUUUCUCGCGCUCGCACAUCCUCUCUUUCCACAGUUCCACUAAAAAAAUCCACUUCACCUAGCAGCCGCUCUCACCUCCACGCGCUCUCCGCCACCGGAGCACGAGCGCGACUGCCACCACCUCCACCGGAUUCAUCUCCGCCUCUUGCCGCGGCAAAGCCCCCCCAGCUUGGAUUCCUCUGUUUUUUUUUCCUUUUUGCGUACGAAUCUCUUGUAUAUCCCUCUCCUGUAUGUUGCGAGAAAUCAAUCUAGUCCGAAUGGUGUGCUCCUGCGUGCUGGAGUAGUCUAGGUAUACCAGUUUUGUUCUCCAAAGCAUUUGGGAUUGGGUUGAAUGGAACAUCUAUGGUCCACGCUAGGUCCGCCCCUGGCUGUGAUGGAUGGAGCUUAGAGCAGGGGCAACCUAGAUCAGGGGUGUCUCCCUGGGGGGUUUUCAUGGUGCUGUGGAUGUUCACUAGCUUUGGAGGGUUUGAUUAGGGCCUCUUGGGUCAUAACAGGAGGGUUUUAAGGGACCUGGAUUUGGUAAAGCAUUUUUCAGGCAUGUGAUGCUUCUUGGGGAGGAUUUCAUGGUGUUGUGGAUGUUCACCAGCUUUGGAGGGUUUGAUUAGGGCUGCUUGGGUCACAACAGGAGGGCUUUAGGGAUCUGAAUUUGGUAGUCAUUUCAGGCAUGUGAUGCUUCUUGGGGAGGAUUUCAUGGUGUUGUGGAUGGAUGUCCCCCAGGUUUGGAUGGUUAGACUUCUUCGAUCACCACAAGAGCUUUGAAGAGACCUGAGUGGAUAAGCAUUUGAUCCUUCUUGGAGGUGUUUCAUGGUGUUCUAGAUGUUCACCAGCUUCGGAGGGUUUGAUUAGACUGCUUGAGUUAACAGUGUUCAAGGGACUGAAUUUGAUAAGCAUGUCGGGCAUUUGAUCCAGUGGUGUGGAUUCGUAUCCAUCUUUUGUUGUUAUAAGAUUUGCUGCCACAAAAAAUGGAAGGUGUGCACGGUAUAGAAUCUCUGGCUACUGGAGAUGGUUGGCAUCAUCUUUCCCGUACCCUUGGACCGGUGCUCCUGAUCUCGAUGGGGUAUAUUGACCUUGGGAAGUGGGUGGAAACGAUAGAUGCCGGGUCUCGGUUUGGCUAUGAUCUCGUAAUACUGGUGUUGCUUUUCAACUUGUCGGCCAUUCUGUGCCAGUAUCUGUCGAUGUGUAUCGGCAUGGUCACUGGGAAAAAUCUUGCGGAGAUUUGCCGCGAGGAGUACAGUCCAUCAAUAUGUGUCAUCCUUGGUAUUCAGGCAGGAUUGUCCUUGCUAACCGCGGAACUAACCAUGCUUUCAGGCAUAUCAGUCGGAUUCAACCUGGUCUUUGAAUAUGAUGAUCCUAUCGCAGGCUUAUAUUUUGCUAGUGUUGUGGUCAAUUUGCUACCUUACACUAUGUCUUAUCUGGGCAAACGGAUGGCUGGGACAUUGAAUGCAUGCGUAGCAGGCUUUGCACUUCUUUGUUUUGUGCUUGGUUUAUUAGUCAGUCAACCAAAAAUUCCAGUUGAUAUGAAUGCAAUGUUCCCCAAGUUGAGUGGUGAAAGUGCUUAUUCCUUGAUGGCGCUUCUUGGCGGAAAUGUAAUAGCGCACAAUUUUUAUGUUCAUUCAUCAGUUGUACAGGGCCAAAGACAAUCUACAACUCUUUCCCUUGGUGCUCUGUUCCACGAUCACCUGUUCUCAAUAUUGUUUAUUUUCACUGGGGUUUUCCUUGUGAAUUAUGUCCUGAUGGGCUCAGCAGCAGUUGAAUCCAAUAAUACUCUGGUUACUUUUCAAGAUUCUGUAGAUUUAAUGAACCAGAUGUUCAUGAAUCCGAUGGCACCAAUUGUUUUUUUAGUGAUCCUUAUCUUUUCGAGUCAUGUCAUCUCAUUGACAUCUAUUAUUGGCAGCCACGCAAUUUUGAAGAAUUUCUUUGGUGUAAACUUGCCUCAUUCUGCUCAUCAUCUGCUACUAAAGGCCGUUGCCAUGGUUCCUACUAUGUACUAUGCAAAGGUUGCAGGUUCUGAAGGGAUAUAUCAGUUACUCAUUAUCUGCCCAGUUAUCCAAGCUAUGUUCCUUCCUUCAUCUGUUAUUCCUGUUUUCCGUGUUUCCUCAUCAAGAGUUAUAAUGAGCAGAUAUAAAAUAUCUUUGUACGUUGAAAUAUUGGCCAUCCUAGCAUUUCUUCUUUUGCUGUUCACAAAUAUCAUUUUUGCUGCGGAAAUCCUGUUUGGUGAUAGUACCUGGACAAACAACUUGAAAGGGAACACUGGAAGCCCUGUUGUACUUCCGCAUGCCAUUGUAGUUCUAAUUUCUUGUGCAUCAAUUACUUUUACGCUGUUCCUGGCUGUCACUCCACUGAAGUCAGCAAGUAAUGAACCUGAAACUCAGGAGCUAUCUGAGCACUCUCAGAGAGAAGAUCCAGAUACUACUUAUCAAAGAGAAGCAAGUAAUGAACCUGAAACUCAGGAGCUAUCUGAGCACUCUCAGAGAGAAGAUCCAGAUACUACUUAUCAAAUAGAAGUAAGUAAUGAACGUGAAACUCAGCAGCUAUCUGAGCACUCUCAGAUAGAAGAUCCAGAUACUUUUUAUCAUAGAGAGGAGCUUUCUCUGGUUGAACAGAAAGAAGAUCAUACGACUUCUACUAUUAAUGCUAUUCCCAGGAUUUCAUCAGAAAGUUAUCAAACAUCAGCUUUGGAGCAUAAUGACUUUCCUGACAUCACUGUGGAGUCUGGUCAUGGCACUCAGCAGCUUACUGCUUUUGUGCCAAUUAUUCCGGAGGUCUCAUCGUCUAUCAAACAUAAGGAACCAAAAUCAGUAGUUAUUGACCAGACGGAACCAGUGCCAAAGGUUUGUACUGCCACAGUAGUAGAACAUAACACUGCUGAGAACAUCAAAAUGAAGAGUACAACUUCAAAGCAUGUCCAAGAAGAAGCAGGAGCUAGCAUGGACUAUGAUACUGAGGCUUCUUAUAAUGCGGAAGUCAGCAAGUCUUCUGGAAACAAGGCACCUCCAAUUUCUGAUGACCCAACAUCUCUUACUUUGAGCAAGGGGAGAGACUCUGAUGCUGGUUAUCGUGGCAGUAACCUCUCAAGACUGCCUGGUUUGGGUCGUGCAGCAAGGAGGCAAUUAGCAGCGAUUCUUGAUGAGUUCUGGGGACAUCUCUUUGAUUAUCAUGGUAAGCUAACGCAAGAAGCUAAUGCAGGAAGGUUCAACUUUCUGCUAGGACCAUACCCGAAAGCAGUUAGAAGUGAUAACCAAGCCAUCGAAGCUUCUAGGAGCCCCUUGAUGAGAGAUGCAAUACGAGGAUCAGCUACCAUACAGAAAUCAUGGGACUCACGUGCUAAGGAAGUCUCUAGUCCAGGCUUUAAUUUUGUGCUUCAGAUGGGUCGCAUUGGAUCAUCAAACUGGUCUGAGAGCAUGCGUUUAUCUAAUGCUGACAUCCCAAGGCCAACUAGCACCUUGUUUGAACAAAAUACUCAGUUUUAUUCAAAUUAUAAUGUCCCAUCUUACCCUGACAAUCAGUUCUAUCAACCUGCUACCAUUCAUGGCUAUCACCUGGCAACCUCUUUGAAAAGUAUGAAUGCAAGUCACAGCACGCACUCCAGCAUUUCACUAGAUCCACGGCGACUUCCUAGAUCAUCUGAAUCUGCUGGUUCUAACUACGCAGAUUCUGCAAGGUAUGCUCGUAACCAAGAUGUAAUUGGUUCACAGGGAACCGCUUCGCAAAACACAACAAUGAGCUGUUUAGAUACAAUGACAGUGGAGAGAGCUUUUUACAAUCCUGCCUCUGUUAAUGAGAUUGAAGGGGUUGGUUCAUCUGCUUACUCAAAGAAGUACCAUAGUUCACCUGACAUAUCUGCACUAAUUGCUGCAAGUAGGAAUUAUUUGCCAAAUGAAGUAAAUUUGGGAGGUGCUGCUGGAAGCAGUUCAUACUUCAGUAAUUUGGCAUGUGAAAGAUCACAAUAUGUGAACUUGGGAUCCAGUUCCACAGCUCAAUUUGCACUUAGCAAGCACUCACAACCUAAUUUCCAUAGAGACACAUCAUCUAUGCAGUCAAGUGUGAACCCAAGUACUGAAUCCAUUUGGGCCCAGCAGCCGUUUGAACAAUUACUCGGUGUAUCAAGAGCAGAGUUGAAUAAGGGCGAGGGUAACACCGACCAGAGAUCAAGUGGUGUCACCAAACACGAUUUCUCUAACAAAGAAUAUGAGGUGAAACUUCUUCAAUCACUCAGAUUUUGCAUCAUGAAGCUCUUGAAACUGGAAGGAUCAGGAUGGCUCUUUGAGCAAAAUGGUGGCUGUGAUGAAAAAUUAAUUGAUCAAGUUGCUGUAGCUGAGAGAGUUUCACAACAUACCACUGAAAAUCAGUUAUCUGCUGAUCUCCAGCUCCAUAGUUCUGAUGAAGACUUGCAGCCACUGCAAAGGAAUGAUAACAGGGAUGCCAAUUGCAUGAGCCUACUGCCCAAGUGUGGAGAUGAUUGUGUUUGGCAGGCCCCCCUGAUUGUCAGUUUUGGUGUUUGGUGCAUCCGCCAGAUUCUGAACCUGUGCCUUGUCGAAAGUAGGCCAGAACUUUGGGGCAAGUAUACAUAUGUUCUUAAUCGUCUCCAGGGAAUACUUGAUCCUGCAUUUUCCAAGCCUCAGAAACCCAUGAAAGGAUGCGUAUGCCUUCAAAAAGUUGCCAAGCCCAUCUCUGGUACUUUCACCACUGCUGGUAUGAUCUUGGAGAUGAUUAAAGACGUGGAACAAGCCAUUUCUAGCCGCAAGGGCCGAAGCGGCACAGCAGCAGGAGACGUUGCUUUUCCCAAAGGGAAGGAGAACCUAGCUUCUGUCCUUAAGCGAUACAAGCGUAGGCUCUCGAACAAGACAUCUGCAGGACAAUAGCGUGGCAGCGAGCUUUCUUUUGUUUCUUGUUUGUAUAGGGUUCUUGGGGCUGCUCCACAAAGUUCUGUUUUUUUGUGCUCCUCAAACCUUGGGUUUUUUCGAUGCACACGAUCUCCAGAGUGCCUGAGAGCUUCUUGAUCUUUGGUCAUUUUUGCACAUGUUGUUUAUGAAGUGGCCAAGGGUGAAUGGUAUACCUUGUUUAUUCAUCUUAUCAGCGAGAUCUCAACAGUAGAUGAUAUUUGCUGGAGCAGCAACAUUGUAAAGUUCUUUUUCCAGAUGAACAUUCUGAAGUCCGCUGGCUUGGCUUUCUGAAAUCUCCACUAGACUCGUUGUUCCUUU